AUGUCCUCUCCUUCAUCCCCUCCCGGCAAGCGCAAGCGUAGCUCCUCCAACCUGCCAGUGCCCCAACAAACUGGAGAGCUCCAACCCUCUUCACGCGACGCGUCUGGUGAAGAAGGUGGUGAAGACUCAACAGAACCAGCCAAUAAGACUGCUUCAAAACACAAAAAAGCAGAUGCAGUACCGCCGUCCAAACGAGCCCGCAAGACCUCCGGUGAUGCAAGCCAUUCUGGCUCCACCGUGAAACCCAACGGAUCGGACGAGACCUUGAUGCACAAAGAAGAUCCUGGUGAACCGUCCGAGACAACUGUGGCAAGCAGUGACAUUGAGAAUCAGCCUAGAAGUCGACCAGGUCUACAUAUUAAGCUGCCGAGUAACCAGAGUUCCAUGCCACCCCCGCAGCGCGGUAUCACAGACCCUGUCGGCUAUCGUACGAAUCCACCACCGGUUGGCCGGCCAGUACGCGUGUAUGCGGAUGGUGUGUUUGAUUUGUUCCAUCUUGGUCACAUGAGACAGCUCGAGCAGGCCAAGAACGCCUUCCCGGAAACCUAUCUCAUUGUUGGUGUUACCGGCGAUGAAGAAACACACAUGCGCAAGGGGCUCACUGUGCUGAGUGGUUCUGAGCGAGCUGAGACCCUUCGCCAUUGUAAGUGGGUUGAUGAGGUCAUUCCCAACUGUCCCUGGGUCGUCACACCAGAAUUCUUAGCGGAACAUGAAAUCGACUACGUCGCCCACGAUGACUUGCCUUAUGAAGCAGAGGAGGGUGAUGAUAUUUAUGAGCCUAUUAAAGCGCAGGGCAAAUUCCUGGUUACCCAGCGGACGGAAGGAGUCAGCACCACUGGAAUAAUCACUCGUAUCGUCCGUGACUAUGACCAGUACAUCUCUCGCCAGUUCAAGCGUGGCGCCUCCCGCCAAGAACUUAACGUGUCGUGGUUGAAGAAAAACGAACUGGAAAUCAAGCGACAUGUGGUGGAACUGCGUGACAAUAUCCGUAGCAAUUGGACAAUGACCGGCCAGGAGCUGGGCCGUGAGCUACGACAGAUCUGGCAAAACAGCCGGCCUGGCAGCCCGGCGCCUAGUAACCGCAACAGCGUGGACUACACAACCGCUCGCGGUUUGACGAGCCCGACAGGCACUACCAAGUCACAUGUAUCGCGGUUAGAGGCUCUGAACCGACCUGAGAGCCCAAUUGGUGGCGGUCGAAAUGAGGACUUCGCUACUGGUUAUAGCCUAGGACUUAUUGGAGGUGUCCGAGCAUGGAUGAUGCGUAGUCGUCAAUCACUGCUUGACUUCCCAAGCCAACCUCAUUCUCCCACUGACGAAGAUCCCGAAUCUUCAGAACAGACCAAUGGAGACGACGAGGAUAUGCCAACCUCUCAUUAG